AUGGAAAACUCUACAGUGAACUUUGGAGCAUCUAGUAACUCCACAACUCUUUCGUUUGGGAAAAUAAGCAGUUUUGAGAUUUGUGUGUACAGCUUCAGUUUCCUGUUUGGUCUUCCUACACACUCCUAUGUGAUCUAUCUCAUCAUGACAGGAACAAAAAGCGGAAUUGCAUCCGAUUUCUUCAUCUUCAACCUCUCCAUUUGUGAAAUUGGAGUCAGUCUGGAUGGUUUUUUAUUCAUACUGUCAAGUUCUUUUACUUGGCUCUUUAAAUUAGCACUGUUUUUGCAAGGAUUAAUCAUCACCGGUCGUCCUCUGUUUCAGUGUCUGAUCUGUGUUGAGCGUUACCUGGCUGUGGUUCAUCCUGUAACCUUUCUGAAGUACAAACCUCUUAGAUACAGACUGAUGUGUUGUGCCGUGGCCUGGUUCAUUUGUCUCGGCUCAUGCUUGUGCUGUAUACUCUUGGUGGUCUUAGUUCCCAUUGAGAUUUAUACACUUUUCUUUUCGAUUCAGUUUUUGGUCCUUCUCUCCAUUCAGUUGUUUUGUUGUGUGGCGGUUCUCAGAGCUCUGAAGCAGUCAGGACCAGGAGAGAGAGGGAGAGAGAAAGAGGAGGAAAACCACAUGAAGAGACGAGCGUUUCAUCUCAUUCUCAUAAUUACUGUAACCACAUUUAUCACAUAUAUGCCUUAUAUUAUUUUGGGAAUAUUUAUUAUAUUGACAAAAGAGGUUAUUUAUGCAUUUUGGAUUAUUGGGUUGAUUUGUUAUGAUCUUGCUGGUUUUGUUCAGCCUGUUCUUUAUCUGCAUCGUGCUGGUAAACUUGCAAUACUUUGUCCUUUAUAUGCAUUGUGA